CCGGUUACAGUGCUCCACCGACCGUCUGUGCGUACGCUCCGUCCUGACGGUACGCAUUAACCGAUCGUCAGUUUGCUUCAUUCAGUGCUCUCCUGACCAACAAUCUGACCGGAUUGGUAUAGUCGGUACGCAAAAGGGAAACGUUUGCAAAUAGUUUAAUUUCUGCUUAUUAUUUUCGAAAACGUUUAAGGAACGUUCAAAUUUUUUUAAUUACAUAUUUCAGAAUGACGAUCAAUUUUUGAUGAAUUAUCAGCACAUACUUCUUGCCAGGUCUUUAACUUGGCAUCACGAUCUUUAUAUAACACGUGGCCUUUGUCCCAGAGCGGUUCACGAAGACGAACUUCGGUGAUUAGGCGCUCGGUGUCGAUAUAUUUGGCCAUAUUCAAUACGAAAUCGCUUUUUUUGAUGAUGAUACACACAUCCGUACGGUCGGUCCAUCGAUCCGUGCAGCACAGAACGCGUUCAUUUGUUUCCAUAGCGCGUCGGUCGACCGACGGCACGCAUGCGGACGCGCUAGACCGACGGUCCUCGUACGCAAUGCGUAGCAAUAUGCGCGUGCGUACGGUCAGUCCAGCACUGUAAUGAUUUAUGAAUUUUCAUAUAAACGACAAGCGCGACUGACGUACGCACAGACGGUCGGUGGAGCACUGUAACCGGCCUAAUGAUUUAUGAAUUUUCAUAUAAACGACAAGCGCGACUGACGUACGCACAGACGGUCGGUGGAGCACUGUAACCGGCCUUAGUUCCCUCCUUAAACGCGAUUACGGCGCAACGCACACACGCGCAUCGUUGUAUUGCAGGCGCUGUUACCGAGUGCAGCCAAACGAUAAGGUCAUUCUGUGCUAAGGUGGGGGACUGUACUACAAUGAACUGUAUUGCGACAUAUCUUUUGCCUUCACAGUCUGCGUUUACAUCGUAAUUCUAACACAGGACGGCGUAUUAUAAACAAGUCGCUUCGAAAAGAAAUAAUAUUAUUAAAAGCUUUUAUUUAAAAGAGAAUUGGACGCGGUCGUUCCCACUGCGCAACGCGUCGCCGCGCGCACUCUCAGUUUGUGUCUGUAAGUUACGCCAGGCGCCAGUGCUGCCCGAAAUCUACGAUAAAACCCACAAAACGUUAGAAUUGAUACUAAUUGCGCCGCACCAAACGGCGGUUGCGACGCAGUACCUACGGCCCGCAUCAGCCGGUAUCUAGUCUGCAACCGAAUUGUUUUGCUGCGUAUCAUAAAUUAACAUAAAAAUACGUGCAGUGUGCAACUAUGUUGUAAGGAAAUACUUUAUUUACGUUUGUUCUCAUUGUACAUAAUUAUUGUGUGUAAGGUCAUGGUGUUUCUCAGCAAAAUUGAGGCAGUAUGGAAUCGCUGCGCAAUUUAGAGGAGUCCCUGGGUGGAGGGGUAUACGGGUCAGUGGGUGCGUCGGGCGCGGAGGGUGGGGAGAGACGUGAGGGAGGCAAGCGGGGACGCAGGCCCGGUAGGAAGGCACAACUGGACAAACAGGACAUGAAGGCUAAAUUGGAACGCAGCCGACAGUCGGCUCGCGAAUGUCGCGCCCGUAAGAAGCUCAGAUACCAAUAUCUGGAGGAGCUGGUGGCUGACAGGGAGCGAUCCGUUUUGGCGCUCCGGAAAGAACUUGACAAGUACUACAAAUGGAAUAUGGAAUUGGAUCAAGGUCGGAUGCCCGAGGGGCUGGAGGCGGUACUCCAAGAGAUCGGAGCCGUAAAACAGGAGGAAACAAAACCGUUUUAAAUCUUCUUAUUUAUUUUUAAAUCUCAUAACCAAUUCUUAGUGAUUAUAAUUGAUAAAUUAGUAUUUUGUACUUGUAAGCUGUAGAAAUUCAUACACUAUUUUUAGAAUUGAAAAAAAAAACAAUUUUACUUCAAAAAAUAUGUAAUCGAUGUUUAGAUUAAACGUAUUUAGAAUGACGUCAUUUACUCUUAAACGCGAACCGGUCACAAAUUAAAACAAUAUGAAAAUUAAUGAAAUGAUUUUAGAUUAAUUUUUUCAAGUAUGGUCAUCUCUUGCGUUGCAUUUGAUUUCCUUGUAAAGUUCCUUGAAGAUUCGAAAAAUCGGCAUUGUCCAUGCGCCAUCAGACUUUCCUUUUUUAAAUUCUUUUCUAUUUUUUUAACAUGGUAAUAAAUAAAUACAAAAAUCGUUAGGUUGCAAAAUCUGUGACUGGUUCCUUUUUGUAUGAUCGUAUCCAUUACACAUAAAGUAUCUUUUGAAUGUUCUUAAUUUAAGAAUGUAAAUAUUUUGUUCAAUACCAAGAAUUUGUUUUUCUUCUACUCUUCCGUGAGGUAUGUGAUAAGUUUCAAAAUUAAUAUUCGAUAUUAAUAUGAAUGUGCUUUAAAUUAGCCGUUUACGGAUAGGCAGUAUUUUAAUGUUUUUAGUCUCUUAAGACGUAAGUUAGGGGUAACUGGCUCUCAAAGUUUGAUCGCAGCUUGCGUUCGAUAUAUAGAUUGAAUUCGUUCAGGAAAUAUGGGGGAGAGGCCUAAGUUCACCAGGAUUCCAUCCCAUGCGAAGCUAUAACAACAUACAAUAAAAUGUAGUUCCUAUAACGUAUAUUGUUUCAAUAAAAAUAAUCGAUCGAAACAUUCCUCCCAUCGUAAUAAUUCAAUAGAAAACGAAUCUCAAAGGUCAAAAAUCUCAUCUACUUUUUUGGUUGGAAAAAAAACAAAUUUGGAUACCACAUGCUAUUUUUAGUGAAAAACAAACGUUAUAGGAAUUGCAUUAACGCACGUGACUCGUACAUUGAUGCGUCAAGGUUCAGUGAAAUAAAUUAUUUAUGAUCAUCAAUAGAGUUUUGGCCCCAAUUUGACUACCGCUGAACUUCACAAUUGCUUACUGCGCUCUGAAUAUGGUUUUCGGUAUGUACGUGUUUCUCUAUCCCUUUCUAAUGUGAGCGUUAGAAGAGGACGACAAUAAUGUCGCGAUCCCACGCGAGACCGACGUGACGGCAUGCGUCGAAAACUGCAUUCAGUAAAAUAUGCGCUUAUUCGCGUCGUAUAAACCGAUUGACAUAAAAUCACAUUUUAAAGAAGACGCCAUUUUGAAUGAAAGAAAUGACGAAUUCGAAUAAUAAACAUGGCCGCCAUUUUACAAACAAGAUCUGUUUGAAGUCACGUACGAUUGUAAAAUAAAUGAGGGAUUUUUGUGAAUUUAGUAGUUUAUAAAGUAUAUUAAAAAAAAAAAACUUGUAAGCUAUAUCACCAAUGUCGACACGUCACCAGGGAUACUAUUGAAGUAGUUUCGUGCUAAAUGAAAAUAUUACCUUAUGUCUAUAUAGUAAAGGUGAUUAAUUAAUAACUUAUAAUUAGUAAUACAUAAUUAAAAAUGUUUUAGCGUCGUCAUAGAUGAGAUACUCGUCAAGUGAGUGAUAAAAUCAUAGUUAUUGAGUUUAAAUAGUAAUUUAGCAUUAGAUUUUAAUUCGGUUUUGUUGGGAUUUGUUAGCUGUAAACAAUAUUUAAAAAAAACGAUAAACAAAUCUAGGGUCUGUCAUAAUCUACACAUAAUAUAUAAUGUAAUUACAGUACAAUAAUACCUCUGCGCGUUUUCUUUUGGAAACAGACGAAUGGUCAAUUUAAUGAUUUUUAACAGGUUAAUUUUUUAUUUACAAUAUUUGUAACUUUGAAUGAAUCAACCAGCUGUGGAUGAAACACUAAUAAAUGAAUUUUGAAAGUGGAUAACUAAAGGAGUUAAAGUUUUUUUUUAAAUCUUGAAAUGAGUCGACUAUUAUCAAAGGCGGCAAUCUGACUUUUGGACAAUGAUUGGUAAAUCAGAAAAACGAAUUAUUGACUUUGUAUUCCAUUGGCAGUCACAAAACUCUUCGGAACGACAUCUUAGAUAAAUAACAGGUUAACUAUUAACUUUUAUUUAAUGCAGGUUUUGAACCGUAUUCUUUGAAGGAGACGAUUAUAUUCAAAUAAAUCUGUAUUGACUUAUCAAUAAAAAUGUUUUGUCCAAAUGCACAGAUUGCCACCUUUGAUAAUAGACGACUCAAAUACGCUAAUGUAACUGCGGAAGCUUUGUUAACUUUGUCUAUUGUCUCUGUGGCUGGAAAAGUCUAGAAAUUCUCCACAGCUAACAGGUCUCAUUCAAUUAAAAUAGACUUAUGUAACUUUUAGAUGUUUUCAAUAAUUUUGAUUCCUGAAUGUUGUGCUAGGCAUUUUCGGUAUACACAUAAGACAUUGUCAUGGCGCAAUAUUAAUUCAUAAGCAUAUUCUUCUUUAGGAAAUAAGUGCGAUGUGAUAUUUAUUUUUCUUAUACUUUAGUAAAAAAUUCACGGAUUUUCGAUUAGAUUUACAUUAAAUAUUGUUUAAAAUAUACAUUGUAACGUUCUUAACGAUAUGCCAACAUCAAAGAGUUACAAUAAUUGAGUUUUUGGUGCAAAUAAGACAGUCGGAAGUGACGUCAUGUACAUAGACAGUUAUUUGGACCAAUCAGAUUAGAAACUUCAUAGUUUAUGUAUUAGUUCUGAUUUCGUUUAUAUAAUAUAUUUUUUUGUACAUUCUAUAUUUUUUUUAUUAUCAAUAAUAUGGGGCUACGUUUCUUAAUCAAUAUGAUAAGCGUUUAUAUUUUUUAAUUUUUUAAUAUAAAAUAUAAUUUUUAUGCAGCCGGUGUUAAUUAUAUAUUACGUCGAAUGUUAUUUUUAAGUUUGAUUUCAAUUGCUUCCUGCGUUCAAUUAUUAGAAUUUUAUAAUUUUUAUUGUUAUGAUUUUUUGUAACGUCAUCGAGGGUGAGUUUUUUUCCUUUCGUAUUUAUAACUUUUAUAUUGUUUAAGAGAUAGUGUUAAAAAAACGUUUGUAAAAUAUAUAAUAUAUGCAGGAUAAAUGAAAAAAACUAUGUAGUAGGUAUGUCAAUAGACUUUAAGGUAGUAUUUAAGUAUUUGAUUCCUAAAAAGCACUCUUUAAUUUAGAGAUGAAAGUAAAAAUUUUUAUGUGCCUCUUUCGCGUUUGGGGACCAGUUUUUUUUUUGAAACUGCUGUUAUUUCAGUACUCAGCAAACCUUCAUCACACACAGUAUAAUGUUACAGAAACAUCUGAAUCAAAGAAGUCGUUUUAGAUGAAAAUAAACUUGAGUGGUUUUCGGACAUUUGAAGUUAUUUUGGUAAUCGCGGAUAUCUGACAUUUAUAUUUGAAAAAAAAAUGGAAUCGGAAAAUAAAAAUAAAAAAUAGUCACACGAAUGUUUGUCCGAUGUAGGAAUCGAACUCGCACCCCUCGAUCUGACAGCCAAGAGCGCUAACUUCUGCGCCACAGUGUCGUUCACUAUUGCGCAGUUCUCUUAGCUCAAACAUUCUAGACAUUUGUGAUUACGCCUUAAUAAUACAUUUAUGUUGUCCCACUGUGCGCGUUAUCGGAUAACAAAAUACAAUAGAACGUAAAUAUCUCUUUAAUUCUUCUAAAGAUUCCUUUUUUAACCUCUGACUAAUCAAUUACUGAAAGGCACAUCAAGUGAUCUAUUGAAAUAGAAAAUAACACAGAGCCCUUUCCAGAAUUAACAUUGAAAAACGUUGAUGCUGAAAGGGCUACAGGCAAAAUAUUUAGUCACUUACGUAAACUGAAACUAUGUCGUGAAAUUACUUUAAAAACUGAUGUAACCAAACUCGACUAGGGCACGCUAAUACAAUUAGAUUUUAAAGAAAAAAUAUAUAUUCAAGGUAACUUGUACAUAAGAGUGGUUUAUGUUAUAUAUUAUAUUGCAUAAGGUUGAAAAGUAGAUUGUAUAUUAACAUAAGAUUAAAAAGUAGCUUUUAUCAUAGCCGUUAAGCUUUAAGGAAAAAUUCCAUACGAAAUGGUAUUAGAUGGUUAAGAAUGUAUUGAAUAUUAUUUUUAUUGCAUUAUUAUUAUUUUUUCUUUAGCCUUAAGUGAUUGCGUUAGCGUGAGGUGAAAAGGUAUAGGUAUAGUAUAUUUCUUUGAUUUACACGUUGCAAGACACUACGUUCAUUCUAAGCUUAAAGGUAAUUCGUUUGUGAACGGUUUUUUUUAAUUUUAAUGUUAUCGCGAUACGUAGACACAGUUAUCUUUAAGUUUUAACGUUUUUAAUGUUUAACUCUUAAACCAAGAGGUUAAAAUCUCAAAACAAAGUUUAAUUCAGUGAAAUAAUGGAUAUGAUUACGCAAUUACAUUUAAAAAUAUUCCGUUAAAUAGUUUUUGAUUUGGAGAUUUUAAAGAUUUUUCAAAUUUUUACUUUUGCCUUAAAACCUUACGUCUUUUGUGCGUGCCUAUGUCGGCAAUCCGCCUUAGUUUAAGUUUCAGUCGUUUUGUAAGUUAUUAUAAAAAAUAGUUACUUAAAUUUAAAUUUGUUAAUUUUAAUUUAAGUUUAUGUAUUCCGUUUUUCUUCUAAUAUUUCGCAUAUUUAACAUAGUUGAUUCUCUUUGGAUAUACGUAUUAGAUUUAUUAUAAUAUGGGAACCAGAGAUUUUUUUUUUGUUACAAUAUUUCCUUUAGGAAAAGCAAGGGGAUCUAAGCCCAUACAGCCUUGUCUGUUCUAUAUAAGGAACCAGAGAGAACAUGUAUGUAUUAGUUAAGGCAGAUCAAAAUAUUCUUAUUAUAAUAGUAAACUUCAAAUGUGACGUUUCGUAUUCCUGCGUAAAUUUAAAGUAACAUAUUAAAUAUGCAAAUAAAAAGAUUAUAUAAGGCAUAAUUUCCACAGAAUUAUCACAGAGCAGUAAUUUGUAAACUGACAGUAAAACAUCACAUACUAAAUUGCACACCGUAUUUAUAUUUCAAGUCGAUUUGCAUUAAAUAGUCUUGCAAGGCGGAACACUGUUGAAUCAGUCACAAAACAAGGUUGAAAGCGUUUGUUCUUCAUUAUGGAGUUCAUAUUGACGUCACCAUUAUUGAAAGAGAGAGAGAGAUUCAUGAAGAAAGUGGAGGAUUACUGAGUUGCAUUCAACUACUAUGUUUUGCUAGUGCUAACCAACUGGCAGUACUUAAUAUCUCAUAUAGAAACGAUUUAGUCAUUUUUAUGUGUAUAAUGAAAAAUUACAAGCUAUUUAUUGGUCCUAUGAUAAACGUCUGACGCGAUGACCAGAUGAGUGACGAGCAGGUCUUGUAUUUUUGGGGUGAUUAGCCUUAACGUCCCAACUGAAUUGAUUUUUACGUUAGAAAAAACUAAUAUAAGCAAUAAAAGCGAAAGAGAAAUUUGAACCGUCUGGAAUCGUCCCUAGUCACCACAAUAAUAAUAAAAACGCGAUCUCAAAUAUACUAUACUUCCAAAUCAUUCGCGGGAAUUACUGGAUAUUUCUAAUUGUAAAAAUAAUAAAUUUUCUCUUAAAAUUCUCAAACUAAUCUGGUUCUCAUAUUCUCUUAUAUUAUAUAUAUGUAGCAGUAUAUGUUAGUUAUAAGAUAAAGGGCGCAUAAAUAGUAAAAUUGUUUGAAUAUAUCCUAUUUCUGCGCCCUCCAUAGAAGCUUAUUGCAUUUUAUGUUCCAAACUUACAAAAAUUUCAUGGCGAUUUCUGUCAGAAAUAUUGCAAUUUGUGAAAAGAUUUGCGAGUAACAAAUGUCUAUGAUAUAAAAGGCUGUCACUAAGAGAAUAAUUCAAUAUACAUGUAUCAAUUGGUGGAUGUAAAAUGCAAUAAAAGUUUCUAGACACAAAAAUACUUCAUACAACCUAAUGGGAAACCACCUCACUAAACUAAAACUAGUUUAUAAUAAUUGAUAAUAAAAUUAGUUUUAAGGUAGAAUCUAAGAAAAAAAAUUGUAUAUUAAAAAUGAGCGCUGCACGUAUCAGAUAUCAUUGUAGAAAAAUAUUAAUAUCUAAUACUUAAGAAUAAUAUUUUUGGACUGUUAAAAACGUAGCUUUUAUAAAAAAAAAACAUAAAAAUAUAUAUAAAAAACGUUUUUUCUAAUAAUACAGUGGACGUAGAUGUAACUUUGUAAUUUAUGACACAACGUCGGAAUAUACUAGGCGGCAAGUUUAUAUACUAACUUCUAAUCAUUCUUAACGCAAUCAAUGCUUUAGAAUAAUUAUAAAAUUCAAACUAAUUCUAGCUCUUGUCGAGCCUUGUUAGGGCGUUCACUGUUUUUUUUUAUGCGGUUCGUUCCCUCACGCGGACAAUCCUACUUAAUAAAGUUUCUUAAGUGACAAUCAAAUUGAGAAGACCUGAAUUGCAUAUUGAAACUUCAGUUUUUAAUACAUAAUCUAUUUUGGAUAUUCUGGUGAACGAGUGAGCUCAUAGCCAAUAGCUAUCGGAGACCAUAGACUUCUCAACGUGAACUAUUUACCAAAAACCAAGGAAGGUGGCAGUUGUAAAGCGUUACGGUCGCCUCAAUCUUCAAAUCUGAAUGUAUGCUAAGCGCGCACCAAUCUUUAUUGUAUUUCGAAAUUCAUGAACACUUGUGAUUGCAAUUUUUUUUAAAUCUACCCUCCAAACUCAAAGUUACAUCUAAAUCUAUUCGCUUGUAAAUAUGCUUCGUUUUUUAUUAACAUCUACUUAAGAAAAUAACGGAAAAUGACGGUUCGCGAAUCCAGUGAUAGUUAAGGGAAAGACGCAAAUGAAACGCGCACUAGUAUUAAGGUAUUUAAUAUUAAUUACAUUACGUUUAUCGAAGUAGGCCUGUUCAAUGUUUAUUUAUUUGAAGAGCCUCGUUCAAGUGAGCUACACUUCAUAGAUAUAAGUAGAAAUCGAUAUUUUUGUGAACAUUCAGUAUUUCAAUCGACCAUAUAAAUAUAGCUAAGGAAUUCAAUUUAAUUGUUUUGAUGUGUUGCGUUGAUGUAGCUCUAUGUAACGGUUACUACGUGCGAGACCGAUUUUAGAUUGUAGACAAACAUCCAUAUUAUUUGUGUUACCUUUGUAGACAGUCCUGCGUGUGUAGACACGACCCGCCUAGUUGUGAGUGUUUUGUGCUUGUGCGAGUUUUUUAACGUUCUCGAUAGCGUAAAAGUUAACUCAAAUUUGUAUGGAGUUGGAACGUUUGCCUACGUUUUCCGCUAGGGGCGCUAUUUCAACUUUUACGCAAUUGAGAUCGUUAAACAACUCUCACUGGACGUGAGCAAUCCCAGAGAAAUAGUCAAGCUGCAUCUUAAGUAAAUUCCAUGACUGUAUUAUACUAUAUAAUAUGUAUAUCGAGGGGUGAAAGGCGUUUUUGUUUUGAUUUAACCGACAUUAUUGCAACUUUACUAGAGAGACAUUUAAAGUUAAAAAUUUAGAAAAAUUAAUUACAAAGAUAAAUGUCGCUUAAACUAAAUUGCCUUUUACCCCGCGAUAUGAUAUCAAAGCGACACAAAGUUUUUAUCGCAGGGCCGUAUUUCAUAUUUAAAAAUCAUUUAAGUCGGACAGUAAUUUAUUUAAAGACUUAAGUAGUUAUAUAAUUUAUUUAAGUUACAUAAAAUAAGCAUAUUAACCUGUUCUUCUAAGUCAGAUAUGUAGCGUUUAAAAAAGAUUAAGCAUUUCAUGUAUUAUAUUUUUGGGUAAUGCGUAUUUUUUAAUCCACUGAAUAAUAAUAGUUUUAUAUAGGCUAUAGCUUCUUGCGACCGUAAUGAACAUUUAUCGUAAGUUUAAUUACUCACAAAUCACGUAAUGCAGAUAUAGAUAAGGAUAUUUUUUGUGCGACGGGUCACCGAUCUACUAAACUUGAAAUUACGAUAGGAAAUGUUCAUUUUGCCCUCCCAACGAAUAAUUAAAUAAUUCGAAUAUAAAUCAACCACUACUUACUAUAUGGCAACUUGAAAAUAUAUAUUUUGCGCAAUGUUUCAUUUAUUCUUACAGAUACGUUUAUGAAAAUACUCAGGUCAUAUUAAAAAAAUAAAUCCAAAUAUAUUCUGAUUUAUAUAGUCGAGAUCCAGAAUAAAGGGGUAAUUGUUAAAUCCAAUUUUCCCUUCCACUUGUACAAUAAUUAAGUAAACAGAUCUCGAAAGUUGAUCUCAACAUACUUGUCGUCUAGCUAUCUAGUAAACUAAUCUAAUUUGAGUAUUAAAUAUUUGUUUACGUUUACGAAAGCUGCACCUUAAAAUCAUUCGACUGUCUGUGAAAUUAAAAAAUAUGUAAAAUUUAUAAUAAUAAAAAAUUGUCACUUAGAUAUUUUGUUCAUUACGAUCGUUUUGUAAAUAAAUAAAAAUAAAGAAUUAUUAUAUACAGUUCAUACAUGGAAAUAUAUUAAAAUAGUUUGUUAAUAGUAAGGCUUAAGAAUAUAUUAUUAAAUAGAAUACAUAAGAAAUAUAUUUUUCUAUGAAACUGUGACAUUUCUAGAGUCCAUACAGAAUUAUUUAGUUUUUAAGUGUAAAUAUAGUAUUAAAGGAUCUAUAACAAAAUUUCUUAAUCACUUGAUGCUAUUUUUUAGUAUUAAUUUUACGAAAUGUUGAGGUAUUCUUAAAUGCAAGAAAAAAAUAGAUAUAUUUCAUAACUGUUUUACAAAUUCUCCGCUAAUAAUUAAAGUCUCGAAGAGUAACUUCUUCAAGAUCUAUUUGAAAUAGCAACAUUUAAUAAUAAAGUAUCUAUAAACAGUAGUUAAUAUUUUUGGGUUUAGUAUAACAGGAAUUCGGAGCUGUUAAACAGUUUUUUUUUAAUUCGAACGACUACGAAUUAAUUUGGCGAAUCCCAUUAAAACCAACCAUAAACUGAAUAAAAUUGAAACAACACGAAACAGUAGUUAAAAUAUUUAAUGCCCCAAGAUAAUAUUCAAUAACCAAUGUAAAGGCAGAUUUUGAUAAUGCACUGAAAGAUUCAGAAGAUUCAGUUAUUUUAUUGUUUAUUAGAAUGAUAACUUUCAUUUGAUUUUUAAAUGAUUUUUAAAAAUCAGUCCUAAGUAGUUCAUGGAUAUUACGGAAUUCUGAAGUAUAAACUAAUAAUUGAAUAUUCAGUUUUACUAUGUACUUUAAAAAGUACCUUCACGUACAAAUGACAUAAGUAUUUCAUUAAUUAUAAUGCACAGUUUUUUGCUCCCCAUAAAUUUAAAAACAUGUUUUUAAAUUAAAAUAAAUUGUAAAAUUAAUAAAAUUUAAAAAUUAAAGUCACAUUUUAAAGUAAUGAUACCAUUAAAUUAAAUUAUUAAAAAGUUAAAUGUAAAUCAUUCUUGUGUCUUCUUCAAUCUUCAAAUGUAUCUUUAUUCUUGGUGACCUAAUGUUUACAAGAGACUAAAAAACCUUAAUAGUAUACAACUCAAUUUUAAUGAGUAUCAAUCCCAAUUUUUUAUUUGCUAAAAAUUUGUAAUCAAACAUUAAAAAUAAAAAUAUGUUUUUAUAUACAUACAUUCACGAUUAGUUGUGUGCUAUUAUUCUAGAAUAAGUAUUGUAGAUUAUAGAAUUAAACAUUAAGAAAUGUAUUUGUGUAUAUUUUAACUAUACAUUAUAUUUCUAUAUUUUUUUAAAUAUUAAGCGUAUUAUUACUUUAAUAUUAAGAAUCACGACUCGUCGGGCUAUUAAAUAGAAUAAGUUUAAUAGAUUAGAAAAUUUAUAUAUAAAAAAUGUAUGUAAUUAAGCAAUAUUUUUCGACAUUUUAAUGAUUUAUAUAUAGUAUUUAAAUAUUAAUGAAAUUGGAAAAACAAAAAUAUUACAUCAAUAUCUCGCUAAGAAUGUAUUUUUCUGCAAAAUAGUUUUUAAGAAUCACGACCCUUUGGGCUAUUAAAUAGAAUAAGUACUGUAGUUGAAAAAAGAAAUUUGGAUGUUUAAUUAAGGAAUGUCUAUCUAAUAUAUAUACACUUUCAAUUUUAUGUGAAAAUAUGAAUAAUUGUACAUAAUAUUUUAAAAACGUCACUGAAACGUAUCAUUAAUAUAAGGAUUACUUAAUUUCGAUGCCUCCAAUGAACACUACGCUAACUCCAAAUUCGUAGAUUUACAGGAGCAUUUAAACGAAAAAAGUUGAUAGAAUCUCUAUUAUUGCAGAUAUAUUUAUGGUUUUUUUGUGUGAAACUAGCUGAUUUACUCUUGCUUCGAACCCCAUCAAUAAUGAUUAUAAUUGUAAUACUUUUAACAUAGUGAAGCGAUUUGCGUGAAAAACGAUAAUUUCAAAAUUUUGAGUUAGAGUAGUUAGUGUUCAUUGGAGGCAUCGAUUUAAUAAGCAGCGUUUAAUAAAAAAUAUGAUACAUGUAUUGAUAAAAUAGAUUUCAUAAGGUACAAUUUUUUUUUAAAAACUUUUCGUCUAUAAUUAUUUAUUUAUUGUUGUACGAGGGAAGUCGAGGUCGCGGCUCACCUGUAGUUUAGUGUGAUUAAAGUCGUAGACAUCGCUUUGUGAUUGUCGCCACCAAACUUCAGACACAGGUCGAAAAUUAAGUCUUAUGUAGUGCAAGUUCUACAAUUUAAAGUAAAACGCGUUGUUGCUUCCCGGAAGAAAUAGCUAGGAUGGUGGAGCGGAAAUUGGGCAGACACUACGCCCCACAAGAAUUUUCAACAACUUUUAUUUCCCAAACAUUUUCUUCAAAUCGUCGUUGUCAAACCAAAAUCUGCUUGCUAUGUGCACUUUUGAGAUUUUUACUUUUUGACCUUUUCGUAUAGUUCACAGCUCUAUCUACCGUAUAAAAAAAAAGUGUUAUGUGUCUAUGUGUAGCUUUAAUAUUUAUCUAUAGGUUUCAUUUGAUAUAAAAAUUCACAAUUUUAUACGAAAAUGUUUUUACUCGUUGAUUACAAAUAGAGUUUUUGCACAUAGCAGAUUUUGCUUUGACAGCCACGAAAUGAUAUUUGAAGACAUGAGUGGAUGAAGGGGAUAUGAUACAAUUUGUUAAUUUUGAGAAAACGGGCAAAAAAAACUCGUGUUACUUGUACUUUAUCUUCGUAUAUAACUCCUUCAUCACAUGCAAUUUUCUAAAAAUAGCCUUUAAACCUUUAGAGUUUUAAGGUCUAAUAUGGUUUAUAAGCACAUAACACCUUCAUACAAUGUGAAAUCUCAAACAAUCUUAAAAAUGGUACUUAACCCCUUCAUACACUCAUGUCUUCAUUUAUCUUCAUGCAAUAUAAUUAAAUAAAUCAGAUUUUCAAUAAGGUACCUAUUGAGUAGACCCUUUAGGUAAUUUCAAAUUUCUUUUAAGCGAAGGAUACUAAUUAAUCAAAAUAUAUUAUAAAUAAUAAUUAUUAUAAAUAUUUAAAUAAAAUAGUAUGUUUUCAAAUUAGUCAUAAGGAAUCACGACUCGUUGGACUAUUAUAUAGAAUAAGGAAACAGAUAAUAAAAUAGAAUAACACUUUGUUAUUAUUUAAGAAUAAUGAUACCUUUACGAAUAGGGCUGUUUGGAAAAAAUGUACAUAAUAUAGAAAAGAAAUCGCGAAAGCGUAAUGUUAGUUUUUAUUGUACUACAUUUAAUGGAAAUAAAAAUAAAAACUAGAUUUAUAGGCUUGGUUAGCUGACGAUAAUUCGAUUUGCCUAAACUGGGGAAUUGAUUAAGGAAAAUUUCUCGUAGGUAUCUCAAGGCGAUGAUUAAACAUAAAAAUUUCUCUACGUUAUUAAGACUAUAAUAUGAAUGUAAAGUAUAAUAGUGUAUAUAUUUUUUAAUCUUAAUAUUAAUGCGGACCCCGGGCUCAAUGAGCUUAAUCGUAGUGUUUAGAUAUUUACGGCUUGAAAACUGAUCAAUUCAGUUAUCACCGUAUGCAGUAGGUAAUAAAUAGUUAAGGCAUAAAAAUAAGUGUUUUGAAGUAAAUUUAUUCUAUGUUUUUAAAACAUUUAAUUUAAUAUCCCGAUCCUUUGAUGACAAUGCCAAUAAAACUAAAAUAGCAAAUAAUAUUGUGCCGUGACAAUUCUUAUAUUAUAGUAUUAAUAAAUAGGAGAUAUAAUAUAUUUCUUAAAAUAACAUUUUUAAUGUGGAAACUGUGUCGUAGUUUGUGAAAUAAAUAAUGUGAAAAAUAA